AUGCACUCCAAAAUGCAAGGGUUUACAGCCCUCCUCGUCAGCCUCUUACUGCCCCAGGUGACAUACGGGCAGCGGGUGGAAGAAUUCCCUGUAGAGGAAGAGUUUGCGGUCGGAUUCGAUCUCGGGCAAUCGUAUGGCGCAUCUGCCGUCUUCUUCAACAAUGGAACGACUCGCAACCUGGCCAAAGUAGUCGGAGGGCAGCCAUACAUCGACCUGAUGGGACGUCUUCUUGACCAGCAAUAUCGCCCACAAGAGUCGGCUGGCAUCCUUGAGGAAACUUGGCGGUCCUGGAAACGCGCAUUCGGCUUCGCUCCCACUGACGACGCUGCCACCUUGGCAGAGCUCAUCUCCAGGCUUAAAAGUGAAACGGAGGCAAUCCUCAAGGAAAGCAUUUCACGGGUUUCCAUCACAGCGCCAUUGAUAGCGUCUUGGAGCGAUCGGGAGCUAUUCGACAAUGAUCUCAACGACGCGCAGGUCUUCGCAGGCCUAGAACCGUGGACACACGACAUAUCGGAGCCGAUGUAUCUCGCGGAGAGUCGGGCGGCUCUAGUUGGUAGCAAAAGUGAGGUCUGUCAAUUGUCUGCCGAUGGAAAAAUGCAGGACUUUCAGGGUCAAGACCGUGGUGUCUUCUUCAUCAGCUUUACAAAAGAUUCAUUACACACUGAGUUCACUCAUACCGGAUGCCACCACAGCGGUGAUUCAAGGGAGAGGAGUGUUUCGACAGAGACUGAAUUCGGGCUCGGCGAUCUGCUACGGCAAGAUCAACAGUCAUUUUCCUGGCUGGAACUAAAACUACAUCUGUAUUUCCUUACAUCGGAGUACCUCAAAUGGGUCCAGAGGAUUGGCAUCAGCCCUGACGAUUUGGGUAUUAUCCUCGCCACCGGAGAAGCCAGCGCCACGCUGGAAUUCCGCACCAUCCUGCACGACAUCGCCAACAUGCUGCCGUGCAUGGCGCGCUACCCGGACCUGGCUCACCAUUGCACAUACCCCAGCUCGUGGGAAGCCGACGGACUCCAGAAGCGAGUUGAGCUUAUCCACUCGGCCGAGUAUUCGCUAGAUCCAGCGUUCGCAGCCGCAGGAGGCGCGGCGAACUGGUCAUGGCUGAGACGGGAGGCUGAAGAUGGAGAGGAGCGUGGACACAGUGGUGAAGAACACUGGAGGAAGGACUUACGAUAG